UUUUCAUAUGGAUUUAAAUUUUUUAAGAAUUUUAUGUAUUAUGGUAAAAAUAUCCAGUUGCUUAACAUCAACACAAGAUAAGAACAAAUGUCUUAUGACACAUAUGUUUGGUAGACCCAUAUUUAAAGAAAUUUUAUUGCCAUACUUGAAUCAAUAUCCAUACAAAUUAUAUAACUAUUUUGAAGAGCAUUUACCAUAUAAGAAAAUAAAAUUUAAAGGCACUCCUGUAUUAUUUUUCCCUGGUAAUUCUGGUAGUUACAAGCAAGUUAGAUCAAUUGCAUCAAUAUUAUUGGACAAAAUGGAUUUAGGAUUAAUUCAUAAAUAUGAAAUAUACACAAUUGAUUUUAAAGAAGAAAAAAAUGCAUUUAGUGGGUAUAUAUUAAACAGACAAACUAAAUUUUCAAGCCAAGUAUUGAAAUAUUUGUUAAAGAAAUAUAAAAAUGAAAAAACUAUUGUUUUAAUUGGUCAUUCUUUAGGUGGUAUUAUUAUUAGAAAUAUUUUAAUGAAUAUAAAUAUUACCUCUUUACUAAAAAACAUAAUCAUAAUAACCCUAGCUACUCCUCAUAAAGAAUCAGUUUUAUGGUGGGACACUGGUAUUAAUUCAUACUAUCACAAAAUCAAUUCUUUUUGGAUUAAAAAAAAUAUGACCAAAACUAUUCCUUUUAUAGUCUCCAUAAGUGGGGGGCCUAGAGAUGAAUUAGUUCCAAACUAUUAUUGUUAUCUAGAGCCAGCGCUUUUGAUGAAUCAUGAAAAUCAACCUAUAUUGCACUAUUCCACUGAUACCAUACCACGGAUUUGGUUGAGUAAUGACCACUUGAGUAUUGCUUGGUGUAACCAAUUGAUAAAAUUGCUAACAAGAUACAUUGAAAGGGUUAAUACUAUAAACGAUGGAAAUUUAAUCACCCAAGAAGAGCAUUUGAACAUUAUCCAAUCUUAUUUUCAAGGGGCUUUCCAGAUUCCUAUCACCUUUCAAAAUUCUCUUGACAACAAAUCUGACAAUGAUAUGUGGAAUGUUUUGGAGCUAAAAAAGUCUGAAUUACCAUUGCAAUUAUCAGAUUCCCAGCUUCUUAACAUAUUCAGUGUCAGUUCCAAUAUCAACUUAAUUCUCAUACCACUCGGAUAUUCAGACACAUCCUUGAUAAAAUUAUCUCGUAAAUUGAUAAUUCUGCUCAGUGUCGAAAGCUUAAAACAACAAGAAAAUAAUAUAUUUUUGCUUCGGCAGCAAAAUUUUACUGGGUUCGUCGAUUUACUGAAGAAUGGGCAUGUUGGAACACCUAACUUGGUUAUACAGAGAAUUCCUAGAAUGCCUCACAACAAACAUAUAGCUAAUUACAUCCUAGAACUCGAUUGGAGCAACGAAAAUCACCACCAAGAGAUGAGUCAACUCUUGGCUACGAAUUUGGUUAUGCUCAUCAACUUUUCACUACCAUUUCCAUCAAACCAUUUUCUGAUUAAUGACCUUUAUAUUGAUACGUUAGAAUCAACUGUAACGAACUCUAACAAAGUAGACCUCGAAAGUAAGAAGCGAGUUCUUAUAUUUUACUUCCCAAACCUAAAUGAAGUAUGGAAGGCUUACACGGUCGGUAUUAACAUUUAUCUCGUUCCAUCAACAGAAAACUCCUUUUCCGGUUUGAAUGGUUGGGCUGAAAACACUAACGUUUCGGUUACUAUUCGAUUUUCGGUCAAUAAUCCUCGUGAUAUAGAACACGACAGAUUUUGGACAUUUUAUCUCAAAAAACCUCCCCUUAAAACUUCUUCAAAGAAGGAAACACCGUCAAAACUAUUAAUGUCCCGAAAUAUACAAUUGUUCCUACAAUCGUCAUUGCUGGCUCCAAAUUCCUUGCCAUGUUUAACUCUGAUCCUCUCAACGUCUUCGUUCCUUAGGAAUUGCACCUUGCGAUACCGAAUUACGACCCGCGUUAUCUGGUUGCAUAGUUUAAAAUCCAUUUUUUUGCACCAGAGCUAUCAAUUGUAUCAACGCGGCCUAUCCUUCGCUAUCGUGUUAUCCUUAAUUGCGUGCCGACCUACUAAAUCUUUUAACAAUAGUAACUCUCGAUACUUUAUCAAAAUGAUGACAUUCGCCUUGAUAUCGCAUUACUCAUCUUAUAUGACAUCAAUACUCAGUAUCAGAUUUUUGAAUUUUCUUAGCAUUCCUGGUUACGAUAUUUUUUUGCCACGGUUAUCUUUAGCUAACCAUUUACUUUUACUAGUUAUAUCUCAGGUCGCGACAUUAUCCCUAUACCUUCUAAUAUUUUGGGUUCUCUCUUCCAUUUUAUAUAUCAGGAACCGUAUCGUUUUUUCUAAAUUUCUAUCCGCCCAAGCUCAACUACCUCCAAAUUUUUUUUUAAGAACUAUUUACGCCAGAUUCGCAUUUUACGCUCUCCUUUAUUUCGUCGCGAAUUUUUUUUCCGCCUUCAUUACUUACAUUAUUCUCUUGUCGGCAUCAUUGUCCCUCCUGACUACUGAUAAAUCGCGCAAAUCUUUGUUACCAUCCGUUUCCUCUUACGUUACUCUGAGUCUGUUGGGCCUCAUCCCUUACGAUGUUUCGACUAUUUACAAUUUGUAUUUGUCGUUGUUAGGCUACCACCCUUUUCAACCCUUAAAGGAGGUAUUUUGGGGACCUUUUUAUUAUUUGAGAACUUUUUCGCCCUCUUAUCACCUUUAUCUGUGUCUUAGAGUAUAUAUUUUAGUAUUUUUAUUGAUUUUUAUGUUUGCCUCGAUAAUUUCGAAUAAAAUUAAUCCUGAUAAAAUUCGUGUAAUUAUCGAAUGGAUCUUAAGACCGCUGUCUGUAUUACUCUGUUGUCAUUCGGAAUAUAUAAUUUUUAGAAUUAAGGACACCAGUAUUAUAUUAAAUUUCGCGAAAAACCUAAUUUUUUUUAUAAAACCAGUCAUAGCAAUUUUACCUAUACUUAUGAUUUCGCGUCAUCUUGCCCCUUAUUUUAUACCCUUCGCAGUUCAGGCUAUAUUGUCAUUUAUUAUUAUUACAAUUAUAUCAUCUAAUUAUACGGGUAAAUUUUCAUCGAUUUCGGAUACAAAGUUGAUUAAAAAAUUGAAUUAA